UGCCAGAGCAUCAAACGAGAGGACGAUUAGGAAUCUUGCCAAAAGCAAAAGCUCUUCUCUGUUAUGUCUGUCUCCUCUUUACCGGAAUGGAAACAACUCCUGCUGGAGCGAAAGAGGAGGGAGGAGGAGGAGCGAGAGAAGAGAGAAAAAGAGGAGGAGGCCAAACUCGCCAGCAUGCCUGUUUGGAAGCGAGGGAUCAUCCAGAGGAGAAGAAUGAAACAGGAGAGUUUCGGGGACAAGGAAAGAGAGGGCCCCCUCCAAGUCAAGGAGUGCAGGUCCCCUUCUGAUGCUGUGAGUGACCCAGACAGUGCUACACUGGUGCAGCUGGGAAGUGAAUCACCACUCAACCCAGACGUCACAGGGCCUUGGCUGGAUGAAGAGUCUAAACCGCAGAGUCAGGUGUUAAGGGAGACCAUCACCACUGUCCAACAAAAUCCAUUCAUUCGCACGCAUGGCGGGUUGAGAAGGGGAAGAGAAGAAGAUAUGGCUGGGGAGAUGGGCCACGAGAAAGGGAAUGAGCAGGAAAUAGAAGUAGGGAGAGAGAGGGAAAAGGAGAAGGAAAGAGGCCAUGUCAAAGGUCAUGAUGGGGAGUCUGGGAGGGGAAGAGAUAUAGAAUUAAAACUACAGCGAUACAGGGAACGGAGUAGGGGCAGAGAAAGGGACAGAAGUGCCGGAAGAGAGACAAGCCGGGACACCGUGAGAGACAGGGAAAGGGAAUGCCUGAGAGGGAGAAAGGAGGAGGAGAGGGAGGAGGGAGACUCAGAUCCUCAAAACCCCAAGUACCCCCAUCCACUAGUCCCAGGCCUUCGUACCAUCAGAGCAGACAACAUCAUCAUUAUUGAACAGGACAGAAAGGGCAGUGAUGAAAGGAGGGGUAGAAGGAGAGAGUGGGAGAGGGAGGUGAUGGAAGAGGAGCAGGAAAAGAGAGACAUAAAGAUGGACCUCAAGGAGUUUCUUUCUGGUGGAGGGAGUGUCCGAGCAUCAGUGGGAUUGGUAAUUAAACCCUUAGCUGGCACUGAGGACUGCAGGAGUAGAAGUCUAAAAGGGGCAGGCAGGGAAGGAGAUGGCAAAGAGAAGGAAGAGAGAGAGGCAAAGUGCAAUAAAGAUGGAAGAAAGGACUGUGAGAGGGGGCUGGAGAGAGAGGUGGCGUGGUUGAUGAUGAAAGAUAAAGAGAGGGAGAACUUGAGGGAGAAAGACCGACCACGAACACACACAGUUUCAGAACAAGAGAAUAGGAGAUGUGGUGAAACAGAUGACAGUAUCCACAAUGAGAGAAGAGUUAGGGUGAGUGAGCUGCUGAGUAAAUUUGGGGAACAUACAAAGAAAUUCAGGGAACAUCCAAAGCCCCCGUCCCGGUCUAAAAGCUCAGAUUGUUUCAGCCGGCCUGGCAGGGACAGAGACAAUUUUGGUCUGGACAAGGACAAUGAUGGAGACAGGAGAGGGGAGGAGAAACAUGCAGGAUUCAGGGGUGUGCCCAAGCGGUCAUUCAGCUUCUCUGACCAGGUGAUAUGCACAAAGGAGAAUGGCAUGCAGGAUGAGGGGAACCAUGAUAGGAAGGUGGUGGAGAGGACAUGUUCAGACAGGAGGGUGGCACCUCGGGGAGAUGUAGUGGAGGGGGAAUGGUCAGAGAGGGGAGACAAGCAGGGGGGCUGGACCCGGUUUUCAGAUAAAGAGCGGGUGGGGAAGCAUAGAGAGGGAUUCAUAAAAACAGACAGGGAGGAAGAGGGGCAGCCUGAGAGACAGCCUGCGUUGGAAAGUAGCACAGGGAAAGAGACUGACCAUGGGGUCGAGAUUGUAACACAAGUGGAGUUAGAAUAUCGGAACACGGGGACAGAGGAACUAACACAGAAUAUGUGUGAGGAGGCAGGGUUUAAAAGGGCCUCAGUUAAAAACACAGAGGCCUCAUUUGCGCAAGGAGUGCCCAUCAAACACUAUGGGCGAGAGAGAGCAGUGGAAAGAGAGGUAAAGCGAAUGACAGAAGAAAGAGAGAGAGGGAUGGAGAGGGCGAGGAGCACAGAGAGAGAGGUGGUUGGAAGACAGGCAGAACCUCAAGUGAGGGACAGAAGGGGGUCAGCCAUUAGAAGAGGAUCAGACGCAAGGGAUGCCAAGAGGAUGUCAGAAGUAAGGGACUGCACAAUGUCAGUUGAAACAACUCAGCAAAACUGUGUGAUCACCCUCUCUGUAGACAGAGCCAGUCCUCCUCAGUCUGUCGAAAGCCAUUACAGACGUGUCUCAGCAUUGACAGAGUGUUCAGCCACCUUGCUCAGUGCUGUGGCACACAGAGGAACAGAUUGGCGUAGUAGUCAAGGAGCGCCGGGGAACCAUUCAACCCAGUCAGCACUAUCACAGCACACGGGGGAUCUUAUCAACAAGACAGGGAGAGUCGGAGAGACAGCCAACGAACUUGACAAUCACACAGGGACCCAAACAUUAACUCAGGAUCGCAAACGUGUGACGAGGGAGGACACAGAGAAUGUGAGAGGGAGCAAAGCUUACAGGGUGCCAAGUGAGGUGAGCAAGGAGAGCGUACACUCACCUGGCACACACGUGCACAGUCACGUCUGCCCCGAAAUGUCCGUCCAGGAAGUGACCCCUGAGUCUCCCAAGUCUCCAAAGCACAUUGCCUCAGUUGGAAUCCCUCCAACGUCACUUGAGCGACACAUACCCAGGACAGUGUUCUACGGUGCGGAGGAGGUAUUAGAGAACAAAAGGCCAAGCCUCCAAAGCGACGACGACCAGAGCUGCGAAGGAGAGGGAGGGAAAGGUGUGGAGAGGAGGGAUAGUUGGAGGAUCGGCAAGCCUUUGUCUCGUAUCGAAUCCCUGCGAGAGAAAAUCCGGCAGAAGGAGAGGCUGAGGAACACGGAGGGAGCGGUAGCAACGGGGGAUGAUGGAGAUGCGACUGAGGGAAUGAAAAGGGCUGGGACUAGAAGGGUUAGAAGAGCUUCAAGUUCAGAUAUGUGUGAUGAAGGAGAGAGGGGGAACGAAAUGGGGCGAGAGAGACAGAGACAGGAAGGCUCUGCACAGCAGACAACAUCCACUCAGUUUUACGUCACACAGGAAGCGAGCGUGUCAAAAGCCGACCCUGAGCUUCCUGUUCCUCUCUCAUUCUCGCAAUCUGUCAAAGGAGAGGAAGAAAGCGAUCACACGAUCGAGAGAGAGGAAGAUCCAAUAAAACAUGUAGUAGAUGAGUUACGGUGUGACAGGGGUCGGCAGAGAAAACAGGACACCAGAGGCAGAGGAGGAGAAGUAGCAGAGGUUAAACUCUCGGGGGAAGAGGACAGGUUGCAUUAUCUGCCUCCUUCACCCUCUCCUUCACCCUCAGACUCUUUCUCCCCCUCUCUUGCUGAGAUGAGCCGGAUUUAUAACCUGAAAACAGUGGGGUCCAGGACGGCGGUGUGCAUGAGUGAGAGGACCGUGGAUAGGCCUAUCCCUAUACAUACACCCAACGUACAGUCCCGCAUAUCAGCAGAACAACAGGAGCCAAGCAGUCUGGAGAGAUCCGUUGGGAUGCUGACACAGAAGCAGCUGUGGGGUGGUGGUGGGGCAUCUGGAAAUAAGGCCUCUUGUGAUGAGAAUUCCGGACUUCAGAAAAUACAGCGUCAGGUGGAACAGCUUCAGUUGCGAGAACAACAGGAAGUACAGAGACUAUCACACGACGACAACGCAGCACAGUCGACUUUUAGUAAAAAAACUAAUUUGAAAGCUAAAGCGUCUGAAGCUCAGCAAAGCACAAGGAUAUCACACAACCAGCCCAAUAAGGAACCUCAACAGAUGCAUCCGAGGCAAAAGGACCAGCAAACACCUCUAAAUCCCAGAAAAUGUCAGUCUAAUCCGCAGUUGCACUCUGAAAGGCCUCCUCAAUCCAAUCGUGCCCGAUCCAUUACCAUCAACUCCAGAUCUCUCCUGACCCCCUCUCCUGAGAACUCAUUACACCCAGACCAGGGAGUCCCACCCAGCACAUCAUCCUCCCCAUGUUCACCCUCCCCACCCCAGUCCCCCUCCGUCUCUCCCUCUCCUUCGCCUUCUCCGAUCCAUUUCACCAUCAGAACAGGCUCUGGAGGCCAGCAGGCCAAGAGGGGCACCACCAUCACCAUCACCCCAAGGAAGCCUGUUGGAGGGGCAGCCGUGGAAUCGGUUUCAGUAUCCUCAGGACCCUCAGUCAAGACGUCUACCAAGUCCCAGAUGCCUGUCCUAACCGAGAUAGUAGAGAGAGGCAAGAAGAGAUACCCCACUACGGAGGAGAUCGAAGUGAUCGGCGGAUAUCAGAACCUGGAUAAGUCUUGCCUGGUCAAGACUCCCAAAGGGACUCCCAAAGGGGAGAAGGUGUGUUUCGACGAGACCCAGCUGGAGCAGGUUUUUGAAUACCCAUCAGAGGCCUCUAUGAUAGCCUUUACCCCCUACCCCAUACCAGGUCAGGAGAAAGGGAAGGAGGAUGAGGUGCAGGAGGAAGAGGAGGAGGAGGAGAGAGGGGUGUUUGUGUCCGGGAGCAGCAGGAACGUGGGAGCAGCGGCUGGCCUGAGAGUGCUGAGAAUAGAUGAGUCUUGCCAUCGGUAGAUGUCAGCUCGCCAAAUAGCCCAAGUGAUGUUUCAUAUUAGAUUUUUGUUUCCUGUAUUUUGUUUAUUUAAAAUGAUAUAAUUAAUGUUGGUAAUCUUUUUUGAUGUUCAAUGUUUUAUUUUACUUAGGGUCAGGGACUAUUGGUUUUGAAUUUUAAAAAUGAUGGUUUUGAGCAGUUUAUGAGUUGAAUGAUGGCGCAUGUAGCGGAACCUGACUGGACUUUUUAUUUUACUUCUCUAUUUCAAGGUAGAAGUGCAAAGGAAAUAUGAAAGCACAGUACAUUUUGUAGCCUAUAAGUUUGAAUAUAUAAAAGUGUAUUUUUACCAUCAGGUGUGUACUGUUGGGUGAUGAUCACAUGUCAAUGCAAGUUAGUGGAUUACUACAAAAGUAUUGUAAAAGGGUCCGGUCAGUUUAGUUUUAUUUAGCUUAGUUCAACAACACAAUGGCCCUACUGUAUAUAAACGUUGCAUCAGCACUGUAACGAUUCAGGCUGCAUUCCCUCUAGGGCACUACUUUUGACCGGAGCCCUAUGGGCCCUGGUCAAAAGUAGUGCACUAUAAAGGGAUUAGGAUGUCAUUUUGGAUGUAUUCUCAGUGACGCUUAUAUCAUCUGGUCCCUGUGCCUGCUUGAUUUGCUCAUACAGAUGAUAUAAAGAUUAGGUGAUCCACAAGUCCAAGAUACAUUUUGAGUCUUGUGAACAUCCCUCAUCUGUACAGUGCCUUCAGAAAGUAUUCAUACACCUGGACUUAUGCCACAUUCCGUUGUGCUAAAGCCUGAAUUCAAAAUUGAUUAAAUAUAUUUUAUUUCUCACCCAUCUACACACAAUAGCCCACAAUGAUAAAGUGAAAACAUAUUUUUUUUAUUUUUAAAUUUGACGUCUAAUUUACACGUAUUCAUUCACACCCCAGAGACAAUACAUCCAGCUCUUUCAAGUUGGUUGUUAAUCAUUGCUAGAAAGUCAUUUUCAAGUCCUGCCAUAGAUCUUCAACCCUAUUUAAGUCAAAACUGUAUCUAGGCCAUUCAGGAACAUUCAAUGC